GCACGCGACUUAUUGCUGUUCUGUGCAGGUGGGCUGGCAGGAAAGACAGGAGAGUAGGACAGGGGGAAAGGGUGUGUGGAAGGUGGGGAGAAGAUUACGCCUACUUUGAACCGAUUAGGACCCGAUCGAUACAAGCGUGCCCGCACCAGAUCAAUAAGAUAUGGAGAACCAAGCCGUGUCGGAAACCAGAAAUCCUGAAAGCGAUGACACCACUGAGACUCAUGCUGCUGAUAAUGACGACGAUGACAAUGAGGUUGAGGAAGGAUCUGGUUCUGAGGGCAGUGAAGAGUCAGUGGUUAUUGCCGCUGAAGUUGUCUCCCCCGACAACAAGUUCGGGGAAGAUCAGCAUCCUGCUGCAACUGGUGCUACUGCAUCUAAUGGUGUGAAAAGCCCAGUUGAAAAGCAGGACACAGAGGAUACAAAAGAAGAUGGGGAACAAAGCGAGGCUGAGAAUGAGGCACAAGAGGUGAAAUCACCAGCAUCACCACCACCAUCACCAGAGCCACAGCAGCUGCAGCAGUACCUUUCCAGGCCAGUGUCACUGAUGUCAGAGACCAAACAGUCUCCCCUAUACAACGAACAACACCUGGGUCAUGAUACUGAAGAAACUCUUGUAAAGGCAGAGAUUCCAUUAGAAACCGCAGACUCAGAAGAAGAGAACAUAGGCAGUGUCAGUGAUGAAGAAAACUUUGGAAGCGACAUGUUGGAGGAGUAUGACACCCACACGACUAGCCCUUGCUACAUGAGGCUGCCUCCACCACGACGAGAGAAAGUCUCCUUGACAGAGACAGAUGAACUUUUGCUGAACUUGGAAGAUGGUCACUCUAUCAUCAGUGAUAUCUUUGAGGAGGCAGAAUCGCACAGGCGGAAAUCGGGGGCAAAAAUCUUGCUGGACUCUCCAUCUCCCAGUCAACUUAAAAAGCUUGAAAAACCACAGUUUUCCACCAAAGCAUAUAAGUCUUCUAGGUCACCAGUCUCCCAUCCUGCAGCAUUUGACUACAAACCUCAAAGCUACCUGGUCAUCAAAACACCAGUGGGCUACUACCUAGAUGAUGAUGAAGCUCAGAGAUUGGAAGAUUCAGUUCUUCGGGGUGGAGAAGAGUACACAAUACGGGGCAUUGACGGCAGUCCAGCCAAGAUCCCGGCCAGGGUGAGAGAAAUCAUCACCAAAAAUCUGUCUGGAGAGGAGCUGACCUACACACCCUCUUCAAUGGCAGCUCCCACAGUCCUGCAGGAAGAGAAUCGCUUGCUUUCUUCUGAACUAAAUCGAGUUGAGGAUCUUCUUGCUGCUUCAAAGGCAGAACGGGAUGAGCUAAGCAUCAAAUACAAUGCCUUAAGUGAAAGGCUGGAGCAGCACCUGAGAGGAGAUGGGAGUGGGGAUGGAGGAGACACUACCUCCAGGUCUCUUGUGCAGCAGAACUUGGAGCUGCGCAGGAAGCUGGAGGAAGAGCAUUCUAGCUACAAGCGCAAGCUGCAAGCAUACCAGGAUGGUCAGCAGCGGCAGGCUCAGCUUGUGCAGAAGCUGCAGGCUAAGCUCUUACAGUACAAGAAGAAAUGUCAAGACUUGGAAGAAAAUAUGCGAAACAAGGACAGAGAACUCCAUCAUGCUUCUUUUAAGCUGACAACCUCUAGUGAUAGGCUUGAGGGAAGUGAGAGCCGCUUUAGAAGAAUGGAAACAGAGCAUAGCUUUGACUUGGAAAGUGCACUGAUUAAGCUGGAGGAAGAACAGCAAAGGAGUGCCAGUCUUGCUCAUGUGAAUGGCAUGCUACGAGAGCAGCUGGACCAGGCAACAGAAGCAAACCAGCAGCUGACCACUGACAUUCACAGGCUGACCCAAGACUGGCAGCGGGCUCGUGAGGAACUGGAAGCCAAGGAGACUGAAUGGCGUGAAGAGGAGAAGAGUUUCAAUGAAUACUUCAGUGCAGAACAUGGCCGACUUCUGUCAUUGUGGCGAACAGUAGUGGCAUUUAGGCGUCAUUUUUCGGAGCUGAAGUCUUCAACAGAGCGUGACAUAUCCAGUGUGAAAGCUGACAUGACGAAGGCUGCUCGCAGUGUACAGUCUGCUUGUUUGAACUUGAAUGCAAAUAUGCGCAGCGUGGACACACAGGCACAGGUGUCCCUGGAUCGUGAGCGCAGUGAACGACUGUCAGUUGAGGGCCAGCUACGCGAGCGCACUCGCGAGCUGUCUGAAAUGCAGGCUAGGUAUGAUGCAAUGAGCCGGGAGUGGGGAACCAGAAUCAAUGAGCUGACUAUGCUAAAUGAGAGACUCAAAAUUCAGCUGGAUGAGCGUGACAAGACAAUAGCCACUCUGCAGAAGACAGUUGGUAACCUGGAGGUGCAGGUGGGAUCAUACGAUCUGCCAGAAACAGACACAGCUCGCCAGGUGAGAGAAGAGACAGAGGCUCUGCACCUUGCUCUCCGUAACAUCGCUGAAGCUGUCAUCAAUGAUGCGGACCAGACAAGAACUGAUGAUGAAGGUGGGGAAGACGCUUUGCCAGCACCUCGUUCCAUUUCUCCAUAUCGUCCACGUUCUAUUUCGCCCACUGCCCGUGCACAGUCACCACUUGUGCGCAAUCGAUCACCAUCUCCUCGAGGAAGGUCACGGUCACCUGCUUUUGCUGAUGCAACAUUUUCUGCAGUGCAAGCUGCUCUUGGCAAGCGUCAGAUGCAGGUUUCGGAGCUGCGUGUCAAACUCAAGGCAUCCAAGGAUCAAAGCACCACAAUCCGUAAACAUCUUGAUGAUGCUGAAAAUGAGAAACGCCGCCUUGAGCAUCUCAUCAUGAAUCUGAGGGAAGAUCUAGAAGUGGCACGCCGUGAAAAGGAUGAUUCAUCACGUGACCGAGAUCGAAUCAAAAAUGCACUGAACGUAACUGGCUCAGAAAAAACACAGUUAGAACGUGUGCGACAGGAGCUGAAUGAACAGAUAGAGUCACUGCAUAAGGAGAAUGAAAAGCUUCAGGCAGCCAACAGUGAGCUGCAGCGCCAGCGAGACAGUCUUGAAGAUGAGAAAGAGGAUGUAGAGAAAGACAAACUGCGACAAGUCAAAGAAAACGAGAGAUGUCAAAAAGUGAUUGAUCAGCUGGACAGCAAAGUGUCAGGGCUACGUGAGGAACUGGUAGCAACAAAAGAGGCACUAAACCGUGCUCUGCUGGAUAAGGAAGUUUUGGAGGGACAAAAGAUGGAAGUUGGGGAGGCCCUCUCCAAAGCUGAGAUGUCAAAGGCAGAGCUGGAGGUGGAGAUCAAUAAGCUCAAGACAGAGGAGGCCACACUGCGAGAUGCGCUGCUCAAAAUGCAGGCUCUUAAUGAAGGUCUUGGUCAGGACAAGAUUGAGCUCAACAAGAUCAUCAUUCAGCUGGAAGGAGAAAAAGCUAACCUGCUGAACGAGAAGGCAGCACUAGAGCAAGAAAAGUGCGGUAUCAGAGAAGAACUGGUACGAGUGGAACAGGAAAAGAUGGAUCUUGAUACUGAAAAGCAUGGUCUCAAUCAUACUCUGGAGCUGUCAGAGUUUACACGUCAACAGCUAGAGGAAGAAAUUCAGAUGCUUAAUCGUGAGAAACAGGAAGUCACUUCACAGUUGUCUCUAGUUUCACGUCAAAAACAAGCAUUGGCAGAAGAACUUUUGACUGCCCGACGUGACUUAGAACGCUCUCAGCAGGCAUAUGACCGUGUAGUGAAAGACAAAGAGGUUCUCAAUAAUGACAAAGGAGAGCUCAUUGUGCAGGUGACAGCAACAGAGCGGGAAAAUCGACAGCAGAGUGAGGUGAUUGCCAGUCUGCACAGUGAGAAAGAUCAGCUGGAAGGGGCUUUAUAUGAGGCACAGCAGACAGUUGUGCAGCUAGAGAUCAGGAAAGCCCAGCUGGAAGGAGAAAACCAAGAGCUUAUUGUCCGCAAAGAAAAUCUCCAGGCUGAAAUCAGUCGCCUGGAAAAGGAGAAAGCUGCUGAUCUGGAGCGUUUUGAGCACCAGAAAGAUCAACUGAAUCAGCGCCUACAGCAGCUAGAGCGAGACUCACAGAUGGCAUUAGCACAGGAAAAGCAAGCUCAUGAAGAGGAUGUUGAAAGACUCACUACAGAGAGGGAUCGUCAGCGCCUGGAAUUUGAGAACAACCGUGAACAGCUACUGCAUGGCCAUUCCUUGGAAAAGGAGGAGAUGAAGUCUCGGGCAGAUAAUGAGAUUGCUGAUCUUCAAGAGGAAAUUGCCAGGAUCCAGCAUGACAGAGAUGAAGCACUCCUUCUGGCUGAAAAUGACAGGCAACAGGCUAUCUCCAUUCUAGAACAAGAAAAAGGAAUUCUGCAGGAAAAACUGGCCAAAACUCAGCAGGACUUGACUGAUGCCAUCGUUGAAUAUGACCGUUUGAAACGGGAAGCACAAACACGUACUGAGACAGAUCGUUCCAACAUUUUUGCGCUGCAAGGAGAACUCAAGAACUUCCGCCAGCAGUUUGAAGAAGCAACUGACGCCCAUGAACGCGAAGUCAAGACCCUCAACGAGCAGCUUCGAGAGGUUGCUAGGCAACGUGAAAGUGCACUGCGUGAGGUAGCUGAGCUGAAGACUCAGCUCAGAAUGGUAGAGGAGAUACGGGAUGCCAUCCGUCGAGAUCUCAUUGAUGCUAAUCGUGCAAUUCGUGAAGGUGAUGAAACACGUGAUUUGAUGCGAAAGGACAUUACAGACCUGAAACGUGCAGUCAAUGAAGAGAUCCGUGAGAAGGAAGCUGUUGCACGCACAGCAGAUGAUUUGAGGACAAAAGUGAAAAAGUCAGAGUUGGAAAAGACUGAUCUUGGCCGUGCCCUACAAGAUUCUAAACAGCGUGUAGAUGUGCUUGAGGAACAGAAAUCUGGAUUGGUGAAAGAGGCCAAUGACUUGCGGGUAAACCUUAGGGAGGUGGAAAAGGCAAGGCUGGAGGCAAGGCGAGAGUUGCAAGACUUGAGGCGGCAAGUGAAAAUGCUGGACAGUGAGCGAUCCAAGCUUGGAAAAGAAGUCACUGACCUUCAGAUGAGAGUUGCUCGUGAUGAGGAGAAAGAAGAGGAGGCUCGACGCACUUCAUUUGAUUUGAAGCAAAAGGUAGUGGAGACAGAAGCAUCGCGUGAAGCCCUCCGCAAGGAACUGGCCAACAUCCAGAGAAAGAUGGCUGAGUUUGCUGAUGAAGCAGCUCUCAAAGAGAAGGAUUACCUACUUGCUCUUGAAGAUGCUCGCCGCUCAGAAUGCCGUCUGGAUGAUCAGCGCAAGAACUUAGAAUUUGCCCUUGAAUCAGCAGGUGCUGACAUUAGCGAUCUUCGUCUCAAACUGAGUGGAGCUGAGGGUCGCGUGAAUGCAUUGGAAACAACAUUGGCUCGCUUGGAGGGAGCAAAGAGGGAUGUAGAAUUCAAACUGAGUAGCAUUUUGUCCAGUCUCCGACGAACCAUUGGCUUCCGUCAAGAAAUGCCACGGUCUAGAUCACGAAGUCCAAGUCCUCGCAGGUCCAGACCCAAUUCACCUUCUAAAGGUUUUGAUAGUACUUAUGCCACUACUACUGAAGGAAAGGGCAGCCCUAUCCCACGCGUUGGAUCUCCUAGUCGUGCUGGUAGCCCUCUUCGCCACCGAACCCCAUCCCCUGGCCGCAUGGAAAGCAUUGAUGUUGACCCUGAGGCUGUGCGAAUGGCCCUCAGAGACUUCAUGAACCAGCUGGCCAAUGCUGAGCGUGAGAGGGAUGAUGCUCUGGCCCAAGUGCGCAGUGUAACAUCUCAGAUCAAGGACCUGGAGGAAGAAAGGGAGCGGACAGAGAACAGAUUACAGGUGCUGCAGAAGUCUCUUGGAGAUGCCGAAGAAGACAAGCGUGGCAUUGAUGGCCGACUUUCCAGUGCACAGACUGCCCUCAUGCUGCAGGAAGAGACAAUCCGUCGCAAUGAACGUGAGCGUAAAGCCAUGGCUGACAAGAUCAACAGCCUAGAGCGAGCUGUGGCUGCAGCAGAGUCUGAAAAACGUCAGUUGCAGGAGAAAAUUUCCAAACUGAAGACAAGUGAGUCCAAACUGGAAGAAGACAAGAAAAACCUUAGAGUGGGACUGGAUGAUGCAGAGUCACGCUGUACCAAACUGGAACUUGCUCGUCGUGCUUUGGACGGAGAGUUGCAGAGGCUGAAGCUAGCCAUGACUGACAAAGAAACUGAGAAUCAGGUAUUACAAGAUCGUGUGGAGAGUCUAGUCAAGCAAAUACAGGACCUAGAGUCUAAGGCGCAGUCACUACAACUUACAAUCGACCGCCUACACACAUCGCUAGCAAAAACUGAGGAGGAUAGCCAUCAGUCUAAGGACAAGGUUCAAGCUCUGAACAUGUCGCUAUCAGACAGUAAUGCAGUGAUCAAUGAACUGGAAGAUCGUGUAGCCCAGAUGCAGCGAGCACUGACUAACAGCGAGCAUGAUCGGCGUGUUCUUCAGGAACGACUUGAUGCCACAAGGCAAGGACUGAAUGAUGCCAAGAAGCAGAACCACACCCUGAUGGAGCGACUCCAGACAAUGCAGACUGAGAUUUCGGAUUCAGAAGUUCGCUGCUCAGAGCUUGAAGGGCAGAUUCGCCAGUCAAACAACCUUUUAGUACAAAGACAAGAGGCAGAACAAGAGCUCAACCAGCGCAUCCAGAAGCUGGGAUCAGAAAAACAAGUUCUGUUGGAGCGUGUUUCCUCCUUGUCACGCACACUGAGCAGCAUGGAGCUUGAGAAACGAGAAAUUGAACGAUCAAGCAUGCGCUUGGAGAAGGACAGGAGUGCUUUGAUGAAAACCUUGGAUAAGGUUGAGCGUGAAAAACUGAAAACAGAAGAGAUUGCCACCAAGACCAUCUAUGAUCGCAACACCUUUGACCGCAGCAUCCAGCGCCUGGAAGAGGAAAAUAUUGAGAUGCAGCGCCAGCUUCAGCAGCUGCAAGCACAGCUAGCUGAGGCUGAGCAGCAACAUGCACAGAGGUUGAUUGACUUGACUACCAGACACAGAGCUGAGACUGAGAUGGAAACAGAGAGGCUGCGCAGUGCACAGAUGCAGGCUGAGAGACUUUUGGAGGCGAGGGAAUUAACUCACCGCCAAAAGGUCAAGGGUCUAGAAGAGCAGGUGAACACACUGAAAGAUCAGUUGUCCCAGGAACUUCGACGCCGUCAGCAGUACAUCUCCAAGUCCACUCGUGCUGGUGAAGAGAUCCGUGACAUUCGCUCCAAGCUGGAUAGCUCACUGUCCACUGUCGGCCGUGAUAUCAAUCUUGACCCACUUCUACUUGAACACGAGACACGCAAGCUGGAUGAGAGCCUUAGUCGUAGCAGUUACUCACCAUCUCGCCUGGGAGGUCGCCGACGCUCACCUGUUCGGGGCAGUUCUCCACCACGUAUGGCUUGUGUCACUUCUACUCCAUCUUUUAGGCCUAGUCGUAGUCCUAUUCUGCGGCGCAAGUUGAAGCAGUGAAACAAGAGAGACGUAAGGUAUCAAACAAAAGGCUUUCCUGUUCUUGAAACAGGUGAUUUAACAAUAAUUACAGUAUUUGUUAAAGAUAUAUUUAGAAAAUUUCUUUGUUAACGUUUAUGAACUUGUCAUAAUUCAAAUCUAAAAGGAAAUCUAACAGUUGUGUAUACUAAAAGUGAAAAAUAUAGAUUGUGUGGAAGACAAAUGAUUUGGUGGACACAUCUUUUGUUUAAAUGGAUGUGUCCAUAAAAAAUGGAAGUAAAUACAAAGUAGCUUAGUUGUGUAGCAGCAGAAUUUUUUUAGACGAAUAUAAAUUAAAUUUUUUUAUAGACUAGCAUUUUUAAGAGUGCAGUUUCCAUUUGUAAUUACCUUAAGAUGUGUGUUUUCCUAAAGAAUGAGGUGAGUAGGACAGCUGUGAUACAGUAGAAGAUUCUUUGUUAAUAUUUGGAAUGAAUCUGUAACUUCUUACCAAUAUUUGUGUAGCAUGUGCAUCUUAUCAGACAACUGUGAGAAAUGAAUGAUUAUGCACUGUGUAUCUUGAAAGCAAGUGUUUAGGCUCAAGAUGUGGGAACAAACUGCUAAGUUUUUCUCCAGUAGUAAUAAGACCAUGUUGUGGAGUUUUUUUUCCACUAAUCCGUCCAUCUCAAAUGUGCAAGACUUUUUUGUAAGUUUUUUAUUCAUAUUGCUUUACAUAGCAGAGAAUUCUGUUGAUUUCUUUGUUGCUUCCUUUUUUGGUGUUUGACUAGCACGAACAAAGUACAAAGAUUACUUUUGUGAUCCUCAGCUUUGUUUUCUUUCCUUUUUUCAUUGUUGUCCUAAAAUCUUUGAAUAGCAUAUGAAAGAGAUAUUAUAAAUAAUUUUGUUUGUUUACCAACUGAUAUGAGAUAAAAAUAUUCAUAUAUAGCAAAAUUAGGCAUACCUUCUCAAAACAGUAUUUCAGAUGAGAUGGUGUAGAAUAGUAUGUUAGGCAAAAUCCAGAUCCUAGUCAAGAAAUUAUGUCUUUGAAUCGGGUUAGUUAAAAUGUUUAAACUGCCGCCUGUGUAUUGUUUAUUGGCUGGGACACCCACAUAUUUUUCCUUUGGACACAUUUUAAAAUUCAUUAGAGCAUCCUGCUGAAGAAGUCAGCAAAUUGAACUUAUAACAAAAUGCAACAAAACUGUGUUGCCUUUCAGUCUGUUAAGCUGAAAUGCUGCUCUUUAGAUAAAGAGGAGUUGAAGGGCAAUUCACUAUAGCGCUAAAUUUUAUUGCAGUGGGAAUUAAAAUUAAUAAUUGCACAUAAGAGAACAGAUAUUUGGCCAUGGCAUCAGGAUGUUUUGUAGACCAUGCUUGUGAUUGAAAGUAAUAUUUUAAUAUGCUGUAAAGACACCUUUUUUUUUAGUGAACAAACACAGCAGCAAACACUGCACUUUUCUUUGUAGGCAGGUUACUGUUGUCAUCACCAAAAAGAUGCACACAUUCAAGCAGAUCUAAUUAUAGCUUUUGCUCUCAUCAGGUUUGUCACCUUUUUUUACAAUGCAAUUUUACAAGUUCUGUUAUUGCUAAUCAUUUUCUGCUGUAAAUUUUUUUCUAUCUUUGUCGUUUGUUAGUCAGGAUCAGCAUUAUUUUUCACUGUCCAGCUGCAACCUCUAUUUGGCUUGAUGGAUAAGCUCACUGUGUUAUGCUGUGUCAUUUAACCUAUAUCCUCUUAUUUACUUUUUUGCUUGACUUUAAUCUUUUAAAUCUUUUAGCUGUUUAUUGAUAGCAUGAACAUAUUUUACUAGAUUAAUAUUUUAUCAGUAUUACGUGGUAGAUGGCCUCAAUGUACACAAAAUGUACUUAACACAAAGUGACUGUGAUACCUUCUUAGCAAUUUUGGCACUUGUAAGCCAGUAGAGUAUCUUUCUUUUUUCCUUGCCUUUUUCCUUUUGGAUUAUUUCAGUUGAAAGCUUGUCAUUGGGUUUUGCUUAAAACAAUUUUUUAAUGUCUUUUUCUCUGUUAGAUCUUAUGCUGUAUAAUGAUUUAAGUGUACAAAUAUUUUAAAAGUUGUAUGUUGAUUUGAAUGAGAUGUACUUUUUUUGACAAUUGAUAAACCGCUCAAAACAUCAUCAGGUAUAUUGGGAAGAACACCAGUAGGAUCAAGAAGUCACUCUCUGUAGCUCCUUGCUAUCUAUGUAGUCAUGUAAAUGUAGUCAAUAUAAACAAAUUACAAAAAGAAACAACUUUACUCAACUUCAUUACUGUGAUAAAAGUACAAACGUCAUCUAGGAGCUAAAGGAAUUGUAGUUUUUGAAGAACCAAUAUUUUAUGAUGAUAUUCUAAAAAGAGUAAACAAUGUACCAGGGAUUCUGAUGGUUACUUCCAAACUGUAACAUGUGUAAUCAAUAGUACUUAAGGUAGUAGUAGUGCUACAUACAUGAGUGUGCCAUUGAGAAUGUGGAGCUUUUUCUGGGAAACACGAUUCUCAUGGUCGUCCCUUUGUCGACUGGUCGUGAAGCAAGUUUACUCAUAGUUAACAGUGCUACUACAACCAGGAAAGCAUGUUGCACAUAAAGACUCCUCUUAUAGAUCUACUUUGAAAAUAAAAGUGUGGUUUUAUUUAAACUUG